AUGAGUUACAGCUCAGAAGAAAGCAGCAGCAGCCCGGGCACUGGACAACGGAAGUUCAAGGGGGUGCGGCAAAGAAAAUGGGGCAAGUGGGUGUCUGAAAUUCGCGUCCCGGGGACGCAGGACCGGCUCUGGUUAGGCUCUUUCUCGUCCCCGGAGGCGGCCGCGGUGGCUCGGGACGUUGCGUAUUAUUGCCUACGUAGGCCGUCGACCUUGGAAGGGCUUAACUUUCCCUUGGUGUUGCCGUCUUCAGUUCAUGCUGAUAUGUCGCCGAGGUCUAUACAGAAGGCAGCUUCGGAUGCUGGCAUGGCAGUUGAUGCUCAGUUGGUGGCUAACAGGUCACCGCAGGCAGGUGGCUGGCAGAGCUACAAUGGAAGUCAUGGGGUUGAGAGUGAGGUUUGGGAAGACAUGGGAGAGAGUUCUAGGAACAACUGGGGAGGGCAUAUGGGAUCUGGCAAUGGGUGCGAGGAUUUGAGCAUCUCCAUUGAAGAUUAUGAUCUCUAA